UUUGGUAAUAUGGUUUGAUCUUCGUGUCACUUAUCCGUAUGUCACCGGUGUAUACCAUGGGACAGUACAGAAAAACGCCUGAAGGGACAGCUUUAUUGACAGACACAGUGGAAAUUUCCGCAGCCUGAUGAGGUCAUAAUCAUUUCACGGAACUAAUUUUCGUGACGAGAGCCGGUUCUUACGGUUACGAAUCGAUUGUGACUUGUUUGACUUCGCUACUUUAACAGCCGACUCAAGUCGCAAUUAAGCCUGUUGUCAAAGCAAACAUUUUGAGGCUGUGUGUGCCUAAACGGCAGCGACUGGAGAAGAUUUGCUUAAGUACACUCACGUAAACACACAGCAGCUUCCAGACGGAGGCUUGGAGACUUGAAACAGACCGGCUCGCCCUCGACGUUAGAGAAAGCGCGUCUCCGCGUCAACACCAAUGGGGAUCAGAGUGAAACCCAUCGAGGAUGAUAUCAGCAUCAUCUCCUUCAACACCGAUGAAGUUAAAAUCGACAAACGAGAGAGGGACAAGGAGACCACAGGGGAUAGUCUCAAGACGGGUCGCGCGGGGCCACAGAAGGGGUCAAAGUAUCACAGCUCCCGCUGCACCAAGUUCCUGGCGACAUGGUCAUCGACUCUACCUGACGCCGUAGGAAUCACGGGGAUUCAGUACAUAGUCAGCAACCAGGACCAUAUUCUUAGAAGGUUUGUUUGGCUGUUGGCGCUGUUCGGGGGAUUUGCAGCUGCUUCCUACCAGACCAUCGACAGAACAAUUUACUUCCUCAGUAACCCCAAGAGCGUAGACUACGAGAUCAAGUACAUCAGCCCGCUGGAAUUCCCCGCCGUCACCGUCUGCAACUACAACAGUUACAGAAACGCUGCGUUAUUUAGCAACGUUACCUACCAUCCGUUUGCUUUUUUGCUGUCCGAGGUUUCAAACGCAAUACACACGCAGCAACCAGUCAACUACUCCUAUUACGAAACUUACCUUACUGACGUCAAUACGACAGAAAUGUAUCUGCAACUUGCACACGAAAUGGAAUAUUCUCAAAUGUUAAUCGUGGCUUACUGGGAUGGAUGGGGAAGUGUAACCUCUGCUAACUUCACCCGAGUCAUCACGGAUUUUGGUGUUUGCUACACGUUCAACGCAGGGCAGGCCGGACAAGAGCUCCUGAAGCAGAAAGUUGCAGGGAAGGGACAUGGACUGAGUCUGAUGUUGGAUGCACAGCAGUACUUUUACUUCUAUUCCUCCAAGGCACUUCAAGUUUCCGCAGGCUUUGUCGUUGCGAUACACAACCAGAGUGAGGUGCCACAAGUGGAUUCCCUUGGAGUGGGCGUGGCACCAGGCACUGAGGUCCGGAUUGGCCUCAAAAGGAAAGAGGCUAUCAAUCUUGAACCUCCGCACGGAGAAUGCGGCUCCAAGGAACUGAAAUAUUUCAGUUCCUAUUCAAUAAACUCGUGUCGCCAGGAAUGCCUGACGGAUUUUGUUCUGGAGGGGUGCGGCUGUGUCGAGCCGUACAUGGCAGUGCCUAGUGAUUUGCCAGUCUGCAAUCCUGCCAAAGUAUUUUCCUGUGUUUACACUGAAACAGAAAGGUUCAACAGCGACGGAGUUUGUGAGUGUCCUAUUCCAUGCCAACAGACGACCUACACAACUAGUUUAUCGUUCGCAACCUUCCCUUCUGAUUUUUAUAUCCAGACGCUUGUAAACUUGUACAGCGACUUCAACGUUACACCGGAAUACUUUUCUUCCAACACGCUGAAGAUUGAAAUUUACUACGAGGAGCUGAGUGUGGAGAGUAUGGAGCAGCAAGAAGCAUACACGUUCUUUGCAUUGCUAUGUGACCUUGGGGGCGCCCUAGGCCUGUGGCUGGGAGGUAGCAUCCUUACCUUCGUAGAGAUACUGGACCACUUUGGCCACACUGCGUUCCUUCGAGGUACAGCGUUCCAACAUUCUUAAAGCAUCUUGUAUGUAUAUUUAUGUGUUGCCCUAACCAACAUUUGAGCCUAACUGGAAACGAUGAUACUCUGUAAAUAUUUAUUUUACAAAAACAGUCAGGGAUACACGAUGAUUUCGUUUUUGAAAACCUGCGUUUUUGCUUCAUAGAAUUGGCAACAGUAAUAUCGGCGUAUCCCAACUGUGGUUUUUUUUGGAGUGCGGUUUUGCCACAAACAUCAUGAAAUAUGAACCUGUGUUUUGUAAAUUUUUUGAACAGUGUUUAUUAAAUCUUUUGUAGUGAAAAUAAACAGAAAAAGUAAUAUAGUUUUGGUGUUAAUAAAGCAAGAAUUAUAUGAUUGCUUCAAGAGAAUUUCAUGAAGUAAUAAAUCCCUUCUUUUGCUGUUUUGUCCUGCAUUCAUACUUUAAAGUGGCACCUGCAAUAUAACCAGGCACUUACCGUAGUAAAGCCCCUUAGAUUGUUCAAUGCAUUAUUCACACUGAAGUAUCACUUUUGCCAAUUCUCACGUUGCAAGUUGAAAACUCGUGUUUGAUUCCACUCAUGCAGGAUGACAUGUUACAUGUAUUUUCGGUCCGUACUUGAUGGUGAAUAUUCCAGUGAUAUCUGUCUGGACAUUGAUUUUCAAUCCAUUUUGGCUGUUCAGAAGUUGGAAAAAUACCGUUAAAUUCCAGCCUUUUUUACUCGCCGCGAAAGUGCGUGUCGGGUGGGGAUGGUUCAAUUUCCCACCCCCUUGUUCUGGGGCUGAUACUCCCUUAAGACUUAUGUCAUCUACCUGAAUGCUAUACUGGGAGUAUAAUGGUUACAUCGUACAUAAUACAACCACACAGCAGAGCAUAGCUUAAUAUGUGUAUAUCACAGUCUCUACAACGGGGAGGGUCACAUAAUGAGCUUAUUGCUUCUCAUAUCGGUUUACGCGCAGUGCAAGGCCACUAUUAGUACAGUAAGGUACUAAAAUUCUAAUGUGAUUAGCGACGAAGGCCUUUAUUAAUAAUUGGAAGAUAAUAGCACGCCGUAUUUCGAUGGACCGCUUGUGCUUAAGUCUACAUUUUUAAAGGGUCAAAUAUUUUUUUGUUUUAAGGUCUGUUUUUAAGAUAUAAAUUUUGUCCAACUGUAUUUUUACAAUAAAUAUUUGUCACAUUUGUAUAGGUUUCUCUUUACGAGAGUUAUUUUCAGAGACAUUGUUUCUGUUUGGGGAGAACAUUGUUUCCACUAGGUACAUUUUACCAAGUCUGCUUUUCGAAAUUAUAAUAGUUUGUUUUCAUGAGAUCUAUUCUUAGAAACAUAGGUUUUAAUUUGUCUUUACACAAAAAUAUGCUACAAAAAUAUUUUUAUAUAAAGCGAGAUAGUUUAUACAGUCGCUGCAGCUUGAAAUUCUGAAAAAGGCUUGAGAGAGGCAGAGAGGGCAAUUUCGGAAAAAUCAAUUCCCAGACAGACAUCCUUGUAACAAUGUUCUUUGCUGGCAAAAUACACCAUUAAAUGCGGAAUGAAACGCACUUUGCAUAUUAUCCUCGGUGGAAACUGAAUCGAGUUGUCGACUUGCAAAGUGAGCACACAAAGUGUCCCUCCAAACAAAAUGGGUAUGAGUAAACAAUGUCCAUUUUAGACAAAAUGUAAAUUGAGAGUAUUUAUAAUAUACAGGAUGUCCCAGAACAGACCAUGAGGAAAGGGGUUA